CUUUCUUUUUUCCAUUCGAUAUCUCAAUCGGAAAAGUUUCAAUCUUUAAAGUAACCAUGAAAAACCAGUCCCCAUUUUCUCUCUCCACUCUACGUUCAGUCUCUGCGAUCGUCUUCCUCUUCUACUCUGUCUCUGCAGAAUACUCUUCCGAGCUUCCACCCAAUUCUUCCAGUGCCGCCGCCGACGACGAAUUCAUCCGCACAAGUUGCGGCCAAACCCAAUACCCAGACCUCUGCUACGCCUCUCUCUCUGCCUACGCUGGCGACGUCCUGCAAGACCCUGCGCGCCUCGCCUGCGCAGCCAUCAACGUCAGCCUGUCCACCGCCCGCGACACAGCCUGCUUCCUCUCCAACAUCUCCCGCCAAGCCAGCAGCGGCCGCGACCGCACAGCCGCCGCCCUGCACGACUGCGUGGAGGUGUUCCACGACGCCGUGGCGCAGCUCCGCGACUCGCUCGGGCAGAUGGGGAAGCUGGGGUCCGGCGGAGAGCCGCUGAAGUUCCAGCUCAGCAACGUGCAGACGUGUAUGAGCGCCGCCCUCACGAAUGAGGACACGUGUACGGAUGGAUUCGAGGACGUGCCGGACGGUGGCGUGAAAAUGGGGGUCUGCGAUCGGGUUGGGGAGGCGAAGAAGGUUACGAGCAAUGCUCUGGCGUUGGUUAAUCUCUACGUUUCUAAGGUUUCGUCGCCAUGAAAAUUAAGGAAAAUUGUUGAGUGCUGUCGGCGCAUCGCUUGCUUGGGUGUCACAAUUAUUAUGAAGAUGAUUUAUUAUAUAUAUACAUAUGUAUUAUGAAAGUAGAGUUUUUAUUUAUUCAAAGCAAAUUGCGCCAAAUAAGAAUCGAAUUGGAUCGGAUACAGGGUCUCAUUGAAA